GUUGGCUUCAGGGUUGGGGUCGCCGCCUGUGCGAUCCGCUCACACGGGACCAGAGGGCGAGGACUGCUGCUGCUCAACCUGGAAUCCACCGGCGAGACCGAGCUCCGCCCGGCCAUGCCCGCCGGGAGCAACGAGCCGGACGGCGUCCUCAGCUAUCAGAGACCAGAUGAGGAAGCUGUGGUGGAUCAGGGCGGGACCAGCACAACCCUCAACAUUCACUAUGAGAAGGAAGAGUUGGAAGGUCAUAGAACUCUGUAUGUGGGGGUUCGGAUGCCACUGGGCAGGCAGGGCCAUCGGCACCACCGCACCCAUGGCCAGAAGCACCGGAGACGAGGAACACGGGGCAAAGGAACCGGCCAGGGUGAAGAGGCCCUGGAAGCUUUGGACCAUGACACCCCAUCUCAACGUGUUCAGUUCAUUCUGGGCACUGAGGACGACGAGGAGCAUGUGCCUCAUGAGCUGUUCACAGAGCUGGAUGAGAUCUGUCUGAGAGAGGGAGAGGAUGCCGAGUGGAAGGAGACGGCCAGGUGGCUGAAGUUUGAAGAGGAUGUUGAAGAUGGGGGGGAGCGCUGGAGCAAGCCUUACGUGGCCACCCUCUCUCUGCACAGUCUGUUUGAGCUGAGGAGCUGCCUCAUCAAUGGCUCUGUCCUCCUGGACAUGCGUGCAAGCAGCAUAGAAGAAAUUUCAGACCUGAUACUGGACCAGCAAGAACUGUUCAGUGACCUGGAUGACAGUAUGAGGGUUAAAGUGCGGGAAGCCCUUCUCAAGAAACACCACCAUCAGAAUGAGAGGCGGAGGAACAACCUCAUUCCCAUUGUCCGCUCCUUUGCUGAGGUUGGCAAGAAACAAUCGGACCCACAUUCCAUGGACAAGGAUGGUCAGACUGUUUCUCCUCAGUCUGCUCCAACUACGAGUCUUGAGGUGAAAAAUGGAGUGAAUUGCGAGCACAGUCCUGUGGAUCUAAGCAAGGUGGACCUUCAUUUCAUGAAAAAAAUUCCCACUGGGGCAGAGGCCUCCAAUGUCUUGGUUGGAGAGGUGGACACUCUGGACCGUCCCAUCGUCGCCUUUGUGAGGCUCUCCCCAGCUGUGCUCCUCUCGGGCCUGACGGAAGUGCCCAUCCCAACAAGAUUUUUGUUUAUCUUGCUGGGCCCAGUAGGAAAAGGUCAGCAGUACCACGAGAUUGGCAGAUCUAUGGCCACCAUCAUGACCGAUGAGAUUUUUCAUGAUGUGGCAUAUAAAGCCAAGGAGCGAGAUGACCUUCUGGCCGGGAUAGAUGAGUUCCUGGACCAGGUGACCGUGCUCCCUCCAGGGGAGUGGGACCCAUCCAUUAGAAUUGAGCCACCCAAAAAUGUCCCUUCCCAGGAAAAAAGGAAAAUGCCUGGAGUCCCGAAUGGAAACAUUUGCCACAUGGAGCCAGAGCCACAUGGGGGACACAGUGGACCUGAGCUGGAACGGACUGGGCGGCUGUUUGGGGGCUUGGUGCUGGACAUCAAGCGGAAGGCUCCCUGGUACUGGAGUGACUACCGGGACGCACUCAGCUUACAGUGUCUGGCCUCCUUUUUGUUCCUGUACUGUGCCUGCAUGUCGCCUGUUAUCACCUUUGGGGGACUGCUUGGAGAAGCCACUGAAGGACGGAUAAGUGCAAUUGAAUCCUUGUUUGGAGCAUCCAUGACAGGGAUCGCCUACUCCUUGUUUGCUGGGCAGCCCCUUACCAUCUUGGGGAGCACUGGCCCUGUGCUCGUGUUCGAGAAGAUUCUGUUCAAGUUCUGCAAGGACUAUGCCCUUUCGUACCUCUCCCUGCGAGCCUGUAUCGGGCUGUGGACUGCCUUCCUGUGUAUUGUUCUUGUGGCCACUGACGCCAGUUCCCUCGUCUGCUACAUCACCCGCUUCACCGAAGAAGCAUUUGCCUCCCUGAUUUGCAUUAUUUUCAUCUAUGAAGCAAUAGAAAAGCUGAUUCACCUGGCAGAGACCUACCCCAUCCACAUGCACAGCCAGCUGGACCACCUUAGCCUCUAUUACUGCAGGUGCACACUCCCGGAGAAUCCAAACAACCAUACUUUACGGUACUGGAAGGACCACAACAUCGUGACCACAGAAGUGAACUGGGCGAACCUGACUGUCAGUGAAUGCCAGGAGAUGCACGGAGAGUUCAUGGGCUCGGCGUGUGCCCAUCAUGGACCCUACACUCCCGAUGUGCUCUUUUGGUCCUGUAUUCUCUUCUUCACCACCUUCAUCCUCUCAAGCACCUUAAAGACAUUUAAGACGAGCCGCUAUUUCCCGACCAGAGCACGCUCCAUGGUGAGCGACUUUGCCGUCUUCCUCACCAUCUUCACAAUGGUGAUCAUCGACUUCUUGAUUGGAGUUCCAUCGCCAAAGCUUCAGGUUCCCAGUGUGUUCAAGCCAACACGGGAUGACCGAGGAUGGUUUGUUAGUCCCAUCGGCCCUAACCCCUGGUGGACCGUGAUAGCUGCAGUUAUCCCGGCGCUCCUGUGCACUAUCCUGAUAUUCAUGGACCAGCAGAUCACCGCUGUCAUCAUUAACAGGAAGGAGCAUAAGCUCAAGAAAGGCUGUGGCUACCAUCUGGACCUGCUGAUGGUAGCCGUCAUGCUGGGCGUCUGCUCCAUCAUGGGGCUGCCUUGGUUUGUGGCUGCGACUGUCCUGUCCAUCACACAUGUGAACAGCCUCAAGCUGGAGUCUGAGUGUUCUGCUCCUGGGGAACAGCCCAAGUUCCUGGGCAUCCGAGAGCAGAGAGUUACAGGCCUUAUGAUCUUCGUGCUGAUGGGCUGCUCUGUCUUCAUGACGGCUGUCUUAAAGUUUAUCCCGAUGCCAGUGCUUUAUGGAGUUUUCCUCUACAUGGGAGUCUCUUCUCUGCACGGAAUCCAGUUCUUUGAUCGUCUGAAGCUUUUUGGGAUGCCUGCAAAACACCAGCCAGAUUUCAUCUACCUGCGGCACGUGCCCCUGCGGAAAGUCCAUCUCUUCACCCUCAUCCAGCUCACCUGCCUCGUCCUGCUCUGGGUAAUCAAGGCAUCGCCAGCUGCCAUUGUUUUCCCGAUGAUGGUCCUGGCCUUGGUCUUCGUCAGGAAAGUCAUGGAUCUCUGCUUCUCCAAGCGUGAGCUGAGCUGGCUGGAUGACCUCAUGCCUGAAAGCAAAAAGAAGAAGCUAGAUGACGCGAAGAAGAAGGCUAAGGAGGAGGAGGAGGCUGAGAAGAUGUUGGAAAUAGGGGGUGAUAAGUUCCCGCUCGAAAGCAGGAAGUUGCUAAGUAGUCCUGGCAAGAACAGCAACUUCAGAUGUGACCCUUCUGAGAUUAAUAUAUCAGAUGAAAUGCCCAAAACCACAGUCUGGAAGGCUCUCAGUAUAAAUUCUGGAAAUACAAAGGAGAAAAGCCUCUUCAAUUGAGACUCUGCUGGGGUGGAAGAUUUGGGCCAUGAGUUGCCUCAGAGAAGUUCUGGGUUUCGAGAAAUUGGUGAGUCUCUCGGAGAAGAAGCCAGGCUGAGUCAGGCCCUGUCCUUGGUCAUCUCAAAGCCAUGCAACCCGGAAGCUUUCAGUCGCUCAGUGUGCAUUGGAAGACAUACAGCUACCCUCAUGCCAGCAGCCAGGCACCAGCAGGACCACCGGCAGGACCACUGGCAGGACGACCUCCUGUUGCUUCCUCUCCUCUUUCUUCUUCCUCUUCAGAACUGCCACCAUUAAGGAGCCAGCUUCCCAUUUUUCAGACAUUUUCUCCUGUACUCUCUGCUGGCCUCGGAAGCCACACGAGUCCAUUCUGUCAUGAGGAUUCCUUCAUGAGAUCCCUCUUCAUGAACGGUGGCUUGGGGUGGUAGCAGAGGGGCUAAGAAGGGAGGUUCCUGCACUGUUGCCAGCUGCAGCUCACGGGCAGCCUCCCUUCCAUCUCUACUUGAAAGGGGUGCUGGUCAGACCAGACACUGUAGGAGGUUUGCUGCCUGAGAUCAACCAUCCAGGCAUCAACAGUGGCCACCACCAGAAGUGGCAAGAUGCCACUGACCUGGGGUCAUCCGUAUCAAUUCCCAGACAACACGAUGUCGGCAGACCUUUGGAAGAUGCAGGGCCAAGUGUGAGAGCAAGAGUUUAGCUGAAUAAAGGAAGGCUUCAGAGAAGUCGGCAACAUUAGGGGAUUGAACAUCUUUUCUUGGGUUCCCUUGAAACUAGAGAAGGAGAAGGAGCCUGUGACUGAAGCGACCAGGGCAGACUUCCUAGCCUGGGGUUUGGUGUCAGGUCUGUUUUGUAGCCCUUUAGGAAAGAUCGGUGGCAGUUCUUUGUGAGUCAAAAAGUGGGUCUGGGGUUGUUGUUGGCUGUUUUGUGGGACUGUUUGACAUUCUGCUGUUGUCUCUUGAGGCUACAUUGUUAUUUCACCCUGGAGAAGUAACAACACAGUGCUCCUCGACAUCUCCUUAGCUGCCUUGGUAGCGAACACCAUCACUCAAUGGACCAAAACCGCCUUCAGCCCUGUGGCUUCCUUGUCACACAGAUUUCUUUUGGUUGACAGAAGUUCUGCAUCUCAGAUAUAAAAAUCCAUGCUAAGAAAUGAACUGUAAAUGGUGAAGUCAGUUUGGGCUCUUGGUUUCAAAGUAUGUGAGUGAUUUUACAACUACUGUCAGGGGUUUGGGCCCCGGCGCUCAUAGACCUCCCCUUCCUUUGUGCACAGAGAGUGACUAGCGAGCUGGUCCUGCUGGCUUUCCAUCUGCAUCUUUGUACACAAGACCUCCCCGUACACAGUGUGUGCUUUCUUUCCCUGGGUGAGGACGCGUGCGCCAUUUGAUGCGGUUUGCACCCUCAGACUCUGACUGCACACUAAGGCAUCUGCUUACUCUCUAAAGCGUUUGCUGUUGAGGGACCCUUGUCGCCACCACUUCCCUGCCUGUGCAGGCCACUGUCCUGUUGACGCAAAGAUGAUUUUCAAGAUAUUUAACAAUCGGUACAGGACAGACACAAGGCACGCAGAGCAGAUACCCUUUGUAAAAUAGUGGCAGGCAUUGCUGUUCUGUGCCUGGUGAAUGAAUGCCACCCUACUCUCAAAUCCUGACGUCCUCUGAAAUAGGGGUUUUGUUCCUGGUUUGUCUGAUCUCUAUGCACAGGAGAUGUCUGUUCUGUUUCAGCAGCAGCCCUGACUUGCUCUCAGGUAUUCCAUACUGGAACAGGCAGGUUCUACAGAAAUCAGUGGGCAUUAAAGUCUCUGAGAGCCAAAUUUCCCGAGCAGAUCCCUUCAGGGCAGAUCUAAUCAUUGUAACCCUUUCCCAGCUGGGAAUGAUUCUGAAGCAGCCUGUCGUGGGAAAACUUUCUUGAUAACUUCAUGGCUGCUCUCUUUCAUUGCUUUUGACCCCUGGGAACACCCCCCUUUUCUUGCCCCAUCUUUUUCCUCCUGUAUUUUCAUGCAACCUUUUGUGUAGGGAAAUUGGUGACUGCUUCACCUCCUGCUCUGGCCUCCGUGCACCUGAGAGGCAGGAGUGUGGGGUGCCCAUCCUGCACCGAAGUCAGUGGCAGUGUCGCUGAGGACAGUGGCUCUUCCCAAGCCCUGAUGCUGAGUAGCCCUGGGGGUGGGGCUGCCUUUGUUAGCCCUGAGCAAUGCAGCUGUGGGACCUCUGGUUUUUUCUCAUGCCAACGUUUGCUGGGACCAGAGAAGUGGUCAUCUGUUCUCUGAAAGGGUAGCUCUCUGCUGCCAGCCAAUGUCCUGACACGCUGGUGCUGUCAGCUGGCAAUGUGACCCAAGUGGAGGGAGGCAGAGACUCAAGAACAUGUUGCAAGUUGAGCCUUGGCUCUAGGGUUGCUUCCUGACGACUCUCAGGGAGAAGGUGAAGACCUGAAGAGAUAGAUGCACUGUGAGGUUGCCAGUGUGUUUGGUUGCCUAACACACGUGCAGCGUGGGUAAGGUCAGGAGGCCGUGUGCUUCACCACCCGCAGCCCCAUCCCAGGUCUCCUUCACUCAUGAAACCUGCCUUUUUUAUAGACAGAAAGCGGCCAUAUCUUCCCCAAAGACAAUGUGAAUAGUCAUAGUUUCUCUUUGUUGAUGAUGGGACUUUUAAAUUUCUUAUAAACGCUGGAUAAAAAUCUGGCAUUGACUAAGUCCGCAGCCUGCCCAAAGGCUAGGGCAGCCUUCCAGCCUCCCCUCUGGACAGUCUGUGGUUUGUGCUCAUCCUAAAGGACAGCUCCUAAUCCCACUUUCUCCUCCACCUGCCCAGCUCUCCAGACUCCUUCAUCAGUCAGGGAAGCAGGGAUUGUCCUUGUACCCUGUCUAGUGACCCAUCGUUCGUAUACUGAAGCGUAGGAUUGGUUAGGGUCUAGGACCCCUGGGAUUUUUUUUAGUCUUUAAUGAACAUCAGAGACACCAUUAUCAUAUUGUCUCCCCUGUGACUUUGCCAGUGUCUUUGAAGGUCUUUGAAAGAGUGACAGAACCUUCACCUAGGACUUUAACUGUAUAUGUGUGGGUGUUUGUCUACAUGUAUGUCUUUGUACCAUGUGUGUGCCCGGGGCCUGAAGAGAGCAGAGGGCAUCACACUUCCUGGAACCAGAUUUACAGAUCAUUGUGAGCAUCCAUGUGGGUGUUGGGACUCAUCCCUGGGUCCUCCUGACCGUGGAACCUUGUCCUCAGCUUCCUGGGCUCUUAAGCUGUGGGGUCAGGCUAGUUUGUCCCUCGUGGCCCUCAGCAUCCUCGCUGGACAUUCUCAGGCCCUCCUCUCUUAGUGGAGACCCUUUAGCCGGCCCUGGCUGGCUGGGCGAGACCUCACCCACGAGCCUGCCUCUUCUGCCUCGGCUUUCCUGGAACCAUUUCUUUCUCUCCUUCAGCUCUUCCUGCCAUUGUUCAGGUUCCUUCUGUGGAAAGAACCCUGACCAGCAGCUGAGGUGACCAGGGCUUCGAGUUCAGCUGCUGCUGCUGCCUCUCAGAAAAGGACCUCUAUGGUUAUGCUCUGGCAUGACAUGUUGAGGAGCUCUAAGUUCCUAAGCUCCCAUGUUCGUCUGUACUGAUCACAUGACAUGUUGAGGAGCUCUAAGCGUUCCAAAGCACCCAUGUUCAUCUAUACUGAUCUACAUUUGCUCUAGGCAGGAAAACACAUUCAAAAUUGAAAUAGAAGCAAAUUUCUGCUCUAACUAUUUUUGAGUGAUUCUCGGUUCCCCCUCCAACACUCCUGCUCUGAGAUAGGGUCUCACUGUGUAGACCAAGCUAGCCAUCAGCUUGCAGCAGUUUUCCUGCCUCCCCAGCGCUGGGGUUCCGAGCAUGAGCCACCAUACCUGGCUUGCCCUUGGUCUUCAUGGCAUUAAUUAUAGAGAAUGAAUGACUGACCCAGUCACACUCUUUCUUCAGUUGCCUUUUUUGUGGCCAGAAAUGAGGAUAAUUUUCAUAAGCAAAGGAGGUAUGAAGUAACCAUUGCUGUUCGGAGUGUGUGCGAGGAGUGGAGUCUUUUCAGUAGCCGUCAGGAGUGAGCCAUCCAGACUGGGUCCUUAGAGGAGAUUCUGUGCUCAGAAGAAUGGAAUGGGUUUGGUCCUUCCCAAGAGAGAAGGAAUAGUGCCCUCCCCCAGAUCUAACCCACUUCCGGUGAAUACGAAGUGUUUACCCCUAGCUGCCAUUCUCAGAGCAGGAGGCAUAGCCCAUCCCCCCACCCUCCCACAACCUCUUCCUAAACCCAGGCACAAUUGGCUGGCCUGGGCAUUGCUUAACGGGCAUAUGGGCGAUUUCUCCAGCAGGCUUUUACUUGUGUGAUUGCCUUGGAACCUGAAGUACUAACCUGAAUGUGCAAUUGAUCCUUUUGUGAGAGAAGCCAAAAUCCUUCCUGCCCCUCUCCACUCCUGAGAUGCUAAGCCGGCCUCUUGUCUCUUGUCUGUCAUUGGUUAGAAGUGGCUGAUGGUGUCCAUGGAGAGCAGGGCAGCCUUCCCACGGAAGGGGACUGAUGGUAUCUGUGGAGAGCAGGGCAGUCUUCCCACAGACAGGGCGACUCGAGGUGCUGGAACUUUCCCCUCCGUUUCUAUGUUCUCUCUAGUAGGUCUCGUGCAGAAGCAGAUAUUUUGUUUUAGAAAUUCCAAAGUCUAUAUUUUUAGUGUAAGAAGUGUACCCUCACCACACUCCAUGGCGUAAAUAGAACUGGGAAUAAAAUGUGUCAUUGUGAUUAUCCCAUAGCAGUGUGUGCUAGAAACAAGACCCCCCCGUUCUGGGCUGUCUAUGGCGGGCAGGUGACUGUGACAGUGUAUCUCUUAGCCCUCCGCCUGCCCUCAUUUGUGUGUGCUCACCUCUCUGGGCGACAAAUAAAGUCCGUAUAAACUGUU